CAUAUACGUAAGGCCUUUCCAUUUCGUGCAACAAGUAUACGCUAUGCUAAGUUUAAAAUCGCUCGCUUUGGCGCUGACGUCACCGAAAAUGUCACUCGUCUGCGCGCAACGCCUCACUUCCACCGAUGCACCUGAGUUAGUACUGGGCUGCCGUCCACCGCCUCCUAAGAAAUCAGAUAAACAUCCAGCGCGCGAACAUUGCAAAUUCAUUGAGCCGCGCUGCGCUGAAGAGAAAAUGCAGCAUGUCACAUGUAAAAAGCGGGAGUUCCCACCACACUUCAACUUCGAUGAAUGCUGUCCGCCCUGCAGGGAUGUUUUACCGCGUUUCGACGAUCUCUACUAUCAGCCGUCGGACAAGGAAAAACGUAAAUACCAGCAAACCUGGUCCGAGUGCCCGCGCCUGUUUAUUGUACCACGGAAAAUCUGCUGCUACGAACAUUUCGAUGUGCCGAAAAUGGAGAAACGAGAGUUCAAACGCGAUGAAGAUCAGUUCAAUAAUUACCACGUCAAAACGUGUAGGAAUAAUUCACAAUCACGUUGCGCCAAAAUUAUAUGGCCCGGUUGCCGCAUGGGCAGAUGGCCUCCCAAAUGUUUUGUCAUUAAACACAGCAGCGGCUGCUUGAAGAUAUGCACACCCUACCCGAGCUAUUCGGAGUGCAAACGUCCGAAACCGAAGUCCUUGCCACCGGUCGAAUGCGCUUGCCUAAAGGCUGGACCGUGCAUCCACAAUUGAUUGUCUCAAAGGUGGACGCACUGUCCUUUAUUGAUUUGUAUAGUGGACAGUAAUUGAUAUUGAAGCUUCUUUGUGAGGGAAGCGUCACUAAGCAAUGGACUUGAACAUUCAAGCAACUAAGUGCAAUCAGUCUUGUAUCUUCUUCAAUGGAAAGAAAUCAGCAUUGAAGCUGUGCGGGACUGAAAGCCUUGUUUUGCUUUCGAAUGUGGUUCAAAAGUGGGUCUCUUUUCAGUGAUUUCGGCUACUAAAAGCUGUGAUAUUGUAAAAAUUGGACUUGAUGAUUAAAUAA